AUGACUCGUGAGAGAUAUUCCGGUGGUUGUGUGUUGCGAGAGGAAGGAGUAGUUUAUCUCGCGUUAUAUCAAUCUGAUAAAGAAGAUCUAAUCAGACAAGGUUAUGCAGCGAAAGGAAGUAAAGUUUUAACAGUUCAUGAGGCACAAGGCCAGACCUUUGAGCAUGUGCGUUAUGUACGUACCAGUCCUAAAGCUUUGAAUCUUUAUGAAUCCGAAGGUCAUGCUAUUGUUGCUAUCAGUAGACAUACACGUUCGUUCGUGUAUUAUUCGGAUGUGGAUGAUAUAAUUGUGAAUUGGAUGAAUAAGGUUCGUGGUCAUUCGGAGGUGCAGUUGAUAAGAUGGAACGACGAACGUAAGCUGGCGAAUGGAGAAUCGUUGGUCGGUGGUUAUUGUGCGCCUCAAACAAUAGAAUUUAAACCGGAAAAUAACAACUAUGCUGGGCCAGAGGCGACUGCAGCUAUGUCGUCGAUUAUUGGGGCGCAACAUAAUCCACGCGUUCCGAUGACGUUGAGUGAGACAAUUGCAGCUUACCCAAUUCCGCGAUUUGAUUUGCAAUCACCAAGAGAUACAGACAUCGGAUACUUGCAGAGCUGGUAUGAUGAUGUGAUGCCUGUCGCUGAACUUAAUCUGAAA